CUCAGAGUAAAAUUAUACUGAGUGGGGGCUAUUAACUGGAGGGGAACAACUUGCCACAGUGGCCCUAUGGUUUCUAGGAUUCUAUCAUAGAGACAGUCCCUGAUGCCAAGCUGUGGUACAAUUCUGGUGAUCUCCAUGGAGAAUGCUGAUUGAACUAUGGGCAUUUCUAGCUCCAGUAUGUGCUCUGAAUCUGGAAGGGAGAAUCUCUCUUCACAAGGAGGGGGCCGAGGAGAGGACUUGGCAGUGUCAGCCUGGGCACCAGCACCUCUUGUGAAACAUGAUCCCUACUAUGGGCCAGGACCUUACGAUUAUGGCUACCACCAUGGAAAAGGCAGUUAUGGAUAUCAUGGACCUUAUGAUUAUGGCUACCAUCACGGAAAAGGUGGUUACGGGGAUUAUGGACCUUACGAUCAUGGUCACCACCACGGAAAAAGUGGUUACGGGGAUUAUGGACCUUACGGUCAUGGUCACCACCACGGAAAAGGUGGUUACGGGGAUUAUGGACCUUACGGUCAUGGUCACCACCACGGACCUUACGAUCAUGGCCACCGCCACGGAAAAGGUGGUUACGGGGAUUAUGGACCUUACAAUUAUGGCCACCACCACGGAAAAGGCAGUUACAGGAUUUACGGACCUUAUGAUUAUGGUUACCACGGAAAAGGUGGUUACGGGCUUUACGGACCUUAUGAUUAUGGUUACCACCACGGAAAAGGCAGUUACGGGAUUUACGGUAAUUAUUCCAGUGAAUUUCUUCUCCAUUUUUCCAGCGCACUUGGAUGGCAAGUUGUUUAA